UGGAGACAUGGUUUACAGCGGGUCACUAAUGCUGGAAAAAGUACAGAGUCCAGGGGAACACGGGCUUGCACCUUUCUGAAUUCUGGAUUUUCCCCCCUUUUUCUUAACUUUCACUAAGGGAAUGAGGGUUACUGUAGUCUGAGGUUUCCUUCCCAGGAUGACAAAAUAUGACAAGCUGCAAUCUUUCUCAUGCUCACUGAUUUCUGCUGUAAGCCAAAGGACUGCCAAUAAUUUCGCUAAGAAUGUCUGCUAGUUCGGAUACUGGGGAUUUUCAAGAUUUUCUUAAGCACGGACUGACAGCUAUUGGUGCUGGGCUUCCGGACCGACACCGACUCCCCAUUCCCGCCCGCAGCCGCCUUGUCAUGCUGCCCAAAGUGGAGACGGAAGCCCCAGGACUGGCCCGAUCGCAUGGGGAACAGGGGCAGAUGCCGGAAAACAUGCAAGUGUCUCAAUUUAAAAUGGUGAAUUACUCCUAUGAUGAAGAUCUCGAAGAGCUAUGUCCUGUGUGUGGCGAUAAAGUAUCCGGGUACCAUUAUGGUCUCCUUACCUGUGAAAGCUGCAAGGGUUUUUUUAAGCGAACAGUCCAAAACAAUAAAAGGUACACAUGUAUAGAAAACCAGAACUGCCAAAUUGACAAAACACAGAGAAAACGUUGUCCUUACUGUCGGUUCCAAAAAUGUCUAAGUGUUGGAAUGAAGCUAGAAGCCGUGAGAGCGGACCGCAUGCGAGGAGGCAGAAAUAAGUUUGGGCCCAUGUACAAGAGAGACAGGGCCCUAAAGCAGCAGAAGAAAGCCCUCAUUCGAGCCAAUGGACUUAAGCUGGAAGCCAUGACUCAGGUGAUGCAAGUGAUGCCCUCGGACCUGACCAUCUCCUCUGCCAUUCAGAACAUCCAUUCCGCCUCCAAAGGCCUACCUCUGAACCAUGCUGCCUUGCCUCCCACAGACUAUGACAGGAGCCCCUUUGUCACCUCCCCCAUUAGCAUGACAAUGCCACCUCAUGGCAGCCUGCAAGGUUACCAACCAUAUGGUCACUUUCCUAGCCGGGCCAUCAAGUCUGAGUACCCAGAUCCCUACACCAGCUCGCCUGAGUCAAUGAUGGGCUACUCCUACAUGGAUGGUUACCAGAUAAGCUCCCCAGCCAGCAUCCCGCACCUGAUACUGGAACUUUUGAAGUGUGAGCCAGAUGAGACUCAAAUUCAAGUGAAAAUCUCAGCUUACUUACAGCAGGAGCAGGCGAGCCGAGGCAAGCACGACAAGCUGAACACAUUUGGGCUCAUGUGCAAAAUGGCGGACCAGACCCUCUUCUCCAUUGUUGAGUGGGCCAGGAGUAGCGUCUUCUUCAGAGACCUGAAGGUUGAUGACCAAAUGAAGCUGCUUCAGAACUGCUGGAGUGAGCUCUUGAUCCUGGAUCACAUUUACCGGCAAGUGGUACAUGGGAAGGAAGGGUCCCUCUUGCUGAUUACUGGGCAACAAGUCGACUACUCCAGCAUAGCCUCACAAGCCGGAGUCACACUCACCAACCUCCUGAGUCAUUCGCAGGAGCUAAUCCUGAGACUUCGUUCUCUCCAGUUUGAUCAUCGAGAGUUUGUAUGUCUGAAGUUCCUAGUGCUGUUCAGCUUAGAUGUCAAGAAUCUUGAGAACUUCCAGCUGGUGGAAAAUGUCCAGGAACAGGUGAACACUGCCUUGAUGGACUACACAGUUUGUAACUACCCCCAGCAAACGGAGAAGUUCGGACAGCUGCUUCUUCGACUGCCGGAAAUCCGGGCACUCAGCAUGCAGGCGGAAGAGUACCUCUACCGCAAGCACGUGAACGGGGAUGUCCCCUACAAUAACCUUCUCAUCGAGAUGCUGCACGCAAAGAGAGCCUGAGUGGCCGCCCCUAGACGCUUGCUCUAGGAAGAGAGAGACUGGAGGGAGAAGAGGAGGAGGAAGACAGCGUAAUACUCUGAACUGCUCCAAGCAAUGCUUAAUCAAGCGUGGUUUAAAGACACUGAAUUUUAAAAAGCAUAAUAAUCAAAUACUUAAUAGCAAAUAAAUGAUAUGUCAGGGUAUUUGUACUGCAAACUGUGAAUCAAAGGCUUCACAUCUCCAAAGGAUUCAUAUGAAAGACAUUGUAAUGGGGUGGAUUGAACUCACAGACGGAGUCCAAUACCACAUCAGAAUAAAAUGGUCAGGACAAUUCUUGUACAUUUAAACUGAUCUGUUAUUAAUAAAUUCAGCAGUUGAUCGGUGUUAUUAAUUGGACUUGUCCAGAAUUCCUCCAUGGUGAAGCUGAACAUCUCUCAAAAAAAGAAUACACGGGCUGUGCCUUGGCAGCCCCUCUCCCCCCGCCAGAAGGCCCUACACCUUCUGACCCGUGAGCUCAGAAGCUAUACUAAGGACUUUGUUCAGCCACACCCAGUAGUAGCUCCACUAAAUCAUGAGUUCUGAAUGUCUGUCUUAAACCUGCCAACAGCUAAUAAGAACAAUGUAUAAAUAUGUCAGCUUGCCAUUUUAAAUAUGUUCUGAAGUUGUUUUGUCCUGUGUUUGUAAUUUAAAAAAAAAAAAAGCAGGCAGUAUCCCUCCUCUAUAUAAGCAUUAGUUAAUAAAUAUGAAAGGAAAUCAAAUAAAUUAAGCAAAUACUCCUAGCAAGCAAGUUAGAUCUUAUUUCUGCUAUUGUUGCUGAAAUGUGGCUUUGGCAUGGGUGGGUUUCAUAAGAAUUUUUGCCUAAGAGGCUUGUUAGUAUACAUCCGUCUGUUUAGUCAUCAGGGUUUGUAGUUCACUUACAGAUAAAACACUAAACAUCUUUUGCUGGGAUGGGAUGUCACAUAGUCACAGUGUAAGUAACCGCAAAGUCAAAGCAUGUUAAGCAGUGCCACACGAAAGGAAGGUUGAGCGUGAAGGCAUUUGACUCAAGGUUCAUGGGUAGAGCGCCUCCUAAACUUGGGGUGCGAAAGCAGCGGUUCUCAUGGCCUGGAGAGAGAGUAGAGUCAUCCAAGUCUCCUACAAAGGGCAAUGGAAGAGAGCGGCAAUGGCCUGAGUCAUAGACCAAAGUCUGCUGGAGAAGAAAAUUACUAGAGGGCAGAGAUGGCAAACACCCUCCAAACAAUGCUGUCAGUAUUAACACACGAUGGCCGCAGGGAUGGCAGCCUGGCCUCACUUCCUGGUCCUAAAAGGGAGCUGUGCAGAUGUGGAUCAGCAGUUGUUGAAAAUAAAGUAUUAGUACUUUAAAGUCAAAACAAAAUACAGUGUUUACACAUUCUUUAGGGCCUGGGGGGAGUUGAGGGGACUCUGAUACAAGAGAGCAAAAGCAGUCAUUUCUUUUGUGUUAUUUUUUUCUGGUUAGUAAUUAUUUUCAACAGUACUUAAUUACUGUAUGUCGUGAGACACUAAAAUCAAGAAUGAGACUCUCAUUUUGUCUGUCAUUUGUUGAGAUCAGCAGCACAAUCACUUGUAGAAACUGUAAAAAAGUAAAAGUAUCUCCCAGUCCCUUAAUUUUUUUUUCACAAAUGUCUCUGGCUUUGGAAUAGUUUAUUUAUAUUGUAUAUCAUAGUUUCAACUGUAGACAAUUAUGAUGCUAAUUUAUUGUUCCUCGGGUUUCCCCUUUGUAUAAGAUAGCGCCAAGACUGAAGAAACCAAAUAUGUGUUUACUAUAGCAUGUCUUCAAGUUAGUGGAACAUAGUUCAGGGGUAUUAGAAGGGUCUUAAUGAUUAAAACCAUCCACUUGAUUACAUGUCUGGAAAUUCCCAUAAUCCUUCUGUAGUUUAUUUAAUAUCCAUUGUGAAUCACAUGACUUGUAGCUUUUUCUUGUUUUGAAGUCAUCUUAACAAGAUGGAAUCUUACCUGGUUUUCCUUUCCAAACAUUGUAAGUUGUAUACCAAAGAUAUUAGUUUACUACUUCAGUGUGUACAAAGAAGAUUAUAUUAUUACAUUUAUUAAUCACCUCUAAUACCCAUCGUCAUGAGGGAUGCACAUUAGCUAUGCUGGGCGUUGACUCUCAGUGUUUUAUCUUCAUGGUCCAAUGAAGGAUGGAAAGUCAUUAAUCAGAGCUCAGAUCCAAAGCAUUAAAUAAAAUAGAAGCAUGGCAGUUCCUCCCCACUAAAAACCUAGUUGGUUAAAGGCACAUGGAAAAGGAAGGCAUGUUGAUAUCAGUGGUUAAUGAGAGAGCUCAAGCCUGAUGUCAACAUGGGUAGAAGCUAAGAGGAUGGUUAUUUGGAGGGUUUUUAACAUUGGGAAAAAAAAUCAAUGUUUCCUUAUUUUAAAUAUAUUGUACUCCCCGCUGAAUAUUAAGCCUAAAAUUGUCAAAUAUUGCUAUGUUGUUAACCUGGUUGCUUUUACCCCAAGACUGGUUAGAAAGCCAGGCAAUAGCCACAUCCAUGCUGAGGACAGAAACAGUUAAGCAUGUGUGGGCUAGCAUUGGUGGCCCUUUCCCAGCUGGCCAGGUGUCCAGGGCCAGUUGGUAGCCAGUUUGUAACUUACCAACAACAGGAGUUGCUAACAAAGGCAGACUCAAGUGGGAAGGUCUUCAGCUGCGCUGGGUUUCCUGUAAACAGACAAUCUGUACUGUCUGAAUCUGUGGGUUAUGGCUCUUCUGCCGCUGCCUGGGACUUGUAUCCAUGCCGUGUUCAGAGUGUGAAGUUGGUUACUUGUUGACGUUUUCUUACUGUAUCAGUGAAAUACAUAUUGUCAUGUCAGUUCUUGCCAGGAAUUUCUCAAUAAAAUGGAUUUUUUUUUCAGUA